CGACCGUGGGUAAGGGUAACAAAGAAAAAUAUUUCUGGUCUAUUUUUCGAAUGUUUUUUUUUUAUAGUUUUUUAAUCUUUCGGUUUUGUUUAACAAAAAGUUUAAAAGUGACACAAUUAAAAAACUAAAGCUGCCUAUAAUAAAAUUAUAUUAUUAACGUAAUUUUUUUCUUUCUACUCUAAAAAAAAAAAAAUGGAAACUAAAAAUUUCACGGAGAAUUCACUCAAGUGUGAAGAAAAAGAGGAAUUUUUGAAAAAUGAAAAAAUUGAAGAUUCCAGUGAUAAUGAAAGAAAUAUUGAAAAUAUUAACAAAAAUUAUAAUAAAAAAAAGACUAUUUCUUGCACCUAUCCCGGUUGCAAUAUGAAAUUUUCAGCACCUUUUAAAUUUAGGACACAUUUUUGUACUCACACCGGACUGAGACAAUUUACAUGCAACUUUGAUGGCUGCGAUAAAUCUUAUGCGAAUAAUUCACGUUUAAAACGACAUGAAUUGUCUCAUAAAGAAAAAAUCAAAAAACAAUUUCCAUGCAAAUUUUGUGAUAUGAUAUUCACAGAAGAACAUAAUUUAAAGCGACAUUGUUCGCGAAGACAUGAGAAUAAAGGAUAUUUUGAAGUAAAAUGUGAAGAAUGUUCACUCGUAUUUUUAACGAGAAAAUAUUUAAAACAACAUUUAACUGAUGUACAUAAUCGAAAAUUAUAUGUAUGUCAUAUUUGUUCGAAAUCAUUUGCACAACAUAAUAAAUUACAAUUACAUCUUGAGUCAAGUGUUCAUAAUAAAAAUUUUAUUUGUCAAAUUUGUCAAAUUUCCUUCAAUAAUUUCAAUGAAUUCAGAAAACAUAAAAAAGAACACACUCUUCAUUAUAAACAAUUUACAUGUGAUAUUUGUGAGAAAAAAUUUCCUUUCAAAAGUAAAUUAGCAUUUCAUUUGAAAACACAUGAGAAACAAUUUCUCUUUGCUUGUCGGCACGAUGGAUGUAAUCAAGUUUAUGAAUAUCAACGAAAUUUAGAUUCACACAUUCGUAUUCAUCAUAUGGAUAUUAGAUUUUCAUGUGAAUUUUGUUCACGUAAAUUAUCAACGAAACAAAAACUUGACGAGCAUAUUAUCAAGAUUCAUGAAAAUCCAAAAAAAAGAAAAUCACCAAUAACAUUAAAGGAAAAUCGUAAACAACGACGUGAUAUUGGUUUAAAAAAAAGAAGUGAAGUUACAAAACUUUGUGGAAUUAAAUUGUCAUCGAAUUUAGAGAAAAUAAUAAUAAAUCGUCACGAUGAAGAAAAUGAAUUAUAGGUACAAUAACUUUUCAUAUAUAUAUAUUUAUAUAAUAUCGAUUUUUUUUUCAAAUUUAAUCUUUUUUGAUAAAAAAAAAUAUUAGGUACUUUUUUUACAAAUUA